UUUAAAAUUUAUCAUAUAUUAAUUGGUUUCUGAUUUUAUUAUCCGAACUGGAUCGAAAACCAAAAUUACCAAAACUAAAAUCAAACCAAAUUUCAUAAUAACCGAAUAGUUGUAAAAUCUCUAAAACCAAAAACCCAAACCAAAACAAACCAGCCUAAAUAAAAUAAUCAGAACUGAGCUUAAAAUGGCUUUAUGACAAAAACCCUUUCUUCUCUCAACUGCAAAACUCAAUCGGUGAAAGGAAAAGCUUAAGAAAGAAAAAUGGAGGAGGUAAUGGCUAUCGAAAGGUCCUAUGAGAAUGGUGUGUCGACGUUUGACGAUGGAGCACACAGCCACUGCAUCGCGAAGACGGAGGACAAAGGUGGAGUCGAGAGCAAGAGGUUUUACUUGGCCCGCACGACAGCUCUUGAGAUGCUCCGCGACAGAGGCUACCAAGUUUCAGACGCUGAGCUCUCCCUCUCUCUCUCGGAGUUUCGUUCUGGUUUCGGUGAGAAGCCAGACCUUGAACGCCUCCGAAUCUCCGUGCCUCUCCGCUCAAACCCCAUGAAAAAGAUACUUGUUGUGUUCAUGGGGUCUGAACCAGUCACAGUGAAAACAGUCCGUGCUAUUCACAGCCAGGUUUCCAGCACUGUAGGCUUGCAUGGGCUGAUUCUCGUUUUACAGAGCAAAAUGAACCACUUUGCUAAGAAGGAACUGGCAACCUUUCCUUGUACUGUUGAAACUUUCCCGAUAGGAGAUUUGUUGGUCAACAUCACAAAGCACACUGGACAGCCGAAGAUUGAAAUUUUAACCAAAGAGGAGAAAGAACAGUUGCUGAGUGAGCAUGCGCUUGAGGACAAACAGCUUCCCUUGUUGAAGGAGAAGGACAGUUUCGUGAGAUACCAUGGGUUAAAGAAGAGCCAGGUAGUGAAGAUUACAUACAGCAAAGAGCCUGUUGGGCACUUCGUCACAUACCGCUGCAUCGUCUGAAGAACCUCUCUGCAAUCUGCAACACUUUUACUUGUUCUUCAGAAAAUAGACUGCUGCUUAAGUACUUUAGUUUAAAUUGUAAUAAGAGCUUGGACUUGGUUUCAAAGGAGGAAAAACUAGAGCAAACAAACAAAAGUUUAUUCGAAAUGUAGUGAGGUACGAGUAAUUACAAAGCGGUUCUCAACAAGUAGAAAAAAAAAAAUCUAACUUCAACAAUACGAGCUUCAUAUGAAA